GGCCCGGGCCCGGGCGGUGAGGGGCGGCGGCGGGCCCGGCUGGCCGCGGCUGAGGGCCCCGGGCGCAGAGAGCAGGCGGAGCCCUCGGCCGCCGAGCCGGGAAGAUGCUGCUGUCCCUAGUGCUCCACACUUACUCGAUGCGCUACCUGCUGCCGAGCGUCGUGCUCCUGGGCACGGCGCCCACCUACAUGCUGGCCUGGGGGGUCUGGCGGCUGCUCUCCGCCUUCCUGCCCGCUCGCUUCUACCAGGCGGUGGACGACCGGCUCUACUGCAUCUACCAGCGCAUGGUGCUCUUCUUCUUCGAGAACUACACCGGGGUGCAGAUAUUGCUAUAUGGAGAUUUGCCGGAAAAUAAAGAAAAUAUAAUAUAUUUAGCAAAUCAUCAAAGCACAGUUGACUGGAUUGUUGCUGACGUCCUAGCCAUUAGGCAGAAUGCUCUUGGACAUGUGCGCUAUGUGCUGAAAGAUCGCCUAAAAUGGCUUCCACUGUAUGGGUGUUAUUUUCCUCAGCAUGGAGGAAUCUACGUAAAGCGAAGUGCCAAAUUUAAUGAAAAAGAAAUGAGAAACAAGCUGCAGAGCUACGUGAACACAGGAACUCCGAUGUAUCUUGUGAUUUUCCCAGAAGGUACAAGAUAUAAUCCACGACAAACAAAACUCCUUUCAGCUAGUCAGGCAUUUGCUGCUCAAAAAGGCCUUGCAGUAUUAAAACAUGUGCUGACACCAAGAAUAAAGGCAACUUAUGUUGCUUUUGAUUCUAUGAAGAAUUACUUAGAUGCAAUUUAUGAUGUUACAGUGGUGUACGAAGGGAAAGAUGACAGAGGGCAGCGCAAAGAGUCCCCAUCCAUGACUGAAUUUCUCUGCAAAGAGUGUCCAAAAAUUCAUAUUCAUAUUGAUCGUAUAGACAAAAAAGAUGUCCCAGAAAACCAAGAAUAUAUGAGAAGAUGGCUUCAUGAACGUUUUGAAAUAAAAGAUAAGUUGCUUAUAGAAUUCUAUGAUUCACCAGAUCCAGAAAGAAGAAACAAAUUUCCUGGGAAAAGUGUUAAUUCCAAAUUAAGUAUCAAGAAGACUUUACCAUCAGUGUUGAUCUUAAGUAGUUUGACUGCGGGCAUGCUUAUGACCGAGACCGGAAGGAAACUGUAUAUAAACACAUGGGUGUAUGGAACCUUGCUGGGCUGCUUGUGGGUCACUGUUAAAACAUAAACAGGGAGCCAUCUCCAAGCAGUGGGAUAUGCUACAUUGUCUGUUUUGGGCGGCUCCACAUUACAUCAAAUCGUUUCCUGAAUUUAAUAAGAAGUGUAAAUAAAGCCUUGUUGAUCGAA